AACAAAAAGGAAUAAAAGAUAGGGCGAGACAAGUCGCCAUCACCGGAAACUUCGUAACGUGCGGCCUCUCUCUCUCUCUCCCACACACACGGACUCCACUUCCAACAAGCGGGACAGUUCAAAGUGAAUCGAGAAUCUCCAGAGCCCAGAUUCAUUGAAUCAAGGCGGAUUCUUGUGACGAACGAAUGCAGGCACUAGCCUACAUCUUGAAGUCGACCGAUGAAGAGAACUCUUGGAUGUGAAGGUCUGGAUGAGAUAAAGGAGAGAAGAAGUCUAACAAAAUGGCUCAACCCGGAGCUCCAUCUUUCGGUGCUGAUCCUGAAUCUUUCGUAUCUUCUCUGAACCCUUCGAUCUAUUAUGUUAAUGGUAUUGGGAGGCACAAUGCAUGUGGGCCUGGAUUUCCAGGCUUAAAGAAGAGAACUCAUAAUCUAGGAAAUCGGUCUUGGAUAUUAAUUGAUACCAAAGGGAACUUGGAAGUUGUGGAACUGGAUAAGUCUACUGUCAUGAGGCGUUGUUCGUUGCCUUCCAGAGAUCUGAGACUUCUGGAUCCUUUGUUUAUCUAUCCCUCCUCGAUAUUAGGUCGUGAGAAGGCUAUUGUUGUGAGUCUCGAACAGAUUAGGUGCAUUAUCACAGCUGAUGAGGUUAUAUUGAAGAACUCUGUAGAAGAGUCCGUGCAACAGUACAAAUAUGAGUUGUGCAAGCGUCUAGAGGUAUCCAAGGAUAAUUAUGACGAUCUACCUUUCGAGUUCAGGGCUUUGGAGGUUGCUUUGGAACAUACAUGUAUGUCACUUGAUGCUCAGGUUAAAGAUUUAGAAUUGGACAUAUAUCCCGUGCUUGAUGAAUUGGCCUCAUCCAUAAGCACCCUCAAUCUAGAGCGUGUACGUAGAUUCAAAGGGAGCCUUCUGGCCUUGACUCAGCGAGUGCAAAAGGUUUGUGAUGAAAUAGAGCAUCUGAUGAACGAUGAUGGUGACAUGGCGGAGAUGUAUCUAACUGAGAAGAAAGAAAGAAGGGAUAUACUUACCGACAGUGAUACAUGCAAUCCGAUCAAUAUCUCAGAAGAUGUAAAUUUUGGAUCCAAAUCUGCUCCUGUUUCCCCGGUGGCAUCAUCUAGCGGAGUUCUCAGAUUGCAGAGAGCUUUCAGCACUAUGAGUACCGGCAAACACGGAAGCUUCUUGAGCUCAUCUUCUGCUGCAGAAAACAUCGAUCAGCUUGAGAUGUUACUCGAGGCAUACUUUGUUGGCAUAGACAACACACUCAACAAAUUGCUAUCGCUAAAAGAGUAUAUUGAUGAUACUGAGGAUUUAAUCAACAUAAAGCUGGGAAAUGUCCAGAAUCAGCUGAUUAAAUUCGAGUUGCUUCUCACAGCUGCUACCUUCGUGACUACCAUGUUUGCCGUCGUGACUGCAGUUUUUGGAAUGAAUUUCAAAGACACCGUGUUCGACGAGCCCUCUACAUUUAAUUGGGUACUUAUAAUUUCUGGAGUCUGUUGUGUAGUGGUGUAUGGUCUCUUUUUGAUCUAUUUCAGGCACAAAAAAGUCAUCCCUUAGUGGUAUAUUUUACUCAAGUUACAUUCUUUCUCAGGAAUUAUCAAUUGAUUUGUCAUUGCUGCUUAUGGUUUA